AUGUACGUCACCACCAAGAGAGUCUCCGACGUAGAUCGCCGUCUCUUCCUUAUCCUCAUAAUCCCUUCUCUCUCCCUCCUCUUCUUACUCUCUCUAUCUACCUUCACCCUUGAUCCUCUUCCAACUCUCGCCCCUCUUCGUAACCUACUCCACACACAAACCCUAACCGCCACCACCGAAACGUCCGAUCCACGGCGGGGGAAGAGGGAUGAGUUGGUGAGUUCGAAGAUGGCGGUGUGUUUGGUUGGAGGAGCGAGGCGGUUCGAGUUAACCGGACCGUCGAUUAUUGAGAAGAUUCUUAGGGUGUAUCCUAAUGCUGAUUUGUUUCUGAAUAGUCCUCUUGAUCAUAACUCUUUCAAGCUGAGUUUGCUUAAGGACUCGCCGAGGCUCGCGUGGGUUCGUAUCUUUGAGCCUACGCAGAUCGUUGAGACUGAGGCGAUGGUUCGGGUGCUCACGCCCAUGCAUUCUCCCAAUGGGAUUAAGGGCUUAUUACAAUACUUCAGUCUCGUAGAAGGUUGUAUCACAAUGAUAAAGGCAUACCAAACCGAGAACAACUUCACGUACGACUGGAUAGUCCGAACCCGCGUUGACGGUUACUGGACCGAAACCCUCGACCCUGAAUAUUUCAAACCGGGUCAAUACCUAGUCCCACCUGGAUCCUCUUACGGUGGCCUCAACGACCGCUUCGGCGUAGGCGACCUCAACACCUCCACGGUAGCUCUCUCACGCCUCUCCCUCAUCCCCGACCUUGACUCCGCCGGUAAAACCAAUCUCAACUCCGAAUCCGCCUUCAAGGCUCAGCUCACAACUCACCGUGUGCCUUACGUAACCAAACCUCUCCCUUUUUGCAUCAUGUCUGACCGAACCUACGAGUUCCCUCCUUCUAAAUACGGAGUUCCCGUUGCUGCUAUCUCAAGCCAAGGACCCUUGAAUGGUGCCAAGUGCCGGCCGUGCACGGUAGCGUGUAAGGGCUCGUGCGUGGCGGAGGUGAUGGGAAAGCUGAGGAGAGGGUGGAGUUGGACGGAGUGGAAGCGCGAGACGAUGGAGCUGUGUGAUGCACGUGGGGAGUGGGAGGAAGGUUGGGAGGAGGUGUUUGAUGGAGUCGUUGGGGAGAAACUCGCACGUGCGAGGAGAAGAGUGGGAGGUUUAGAUAUGAGGAGAUGUGUGGAAGAGUUAGAUGAGAUGAGAGGGUUGGCUGUUAAGUGGGAAGCUCCCGCCUCUGAACACAUUUGUAAGUUGGGGUUAAGACCCAAUUAGAACGUAUCAAUUUUAGGUCCCAACUUAACUGGCUAACAAAUUUUCCUGUGAUUGUUUUAGUUGUUGUUUCU